CGCGCGCAGCCCGCGGCGGCCAUCUUUACUCAGGGCAUAGAGGGUCUCUGCGGCCCCAGCGGCCGGGGCUGCGGUAGCCGCUUUAGAUUCGGGCAAGGAUUUCGCUCUGUUCUGUUUCCGCCGUCCCGCUUCCUGGCGAGGCCGGCCCAGGCAGCCGCGCUCCGAAGGACGCCGCCGGGAGCUGCGGAGCAUGCGUGGAGUGGCAGUGCUAACGGCUGGUGUCUCACACCGUUGGCCUGUGAAGGUACGUGAAGCUGAAAGACUGGAAUGGCUGGAAAGGGGUCAUCAGGCAGGCAGCACCUGCUGCUGGGGCUGCUGGUGGCCGUAGCCACUGUCCACCUGGUCACCUGUCCCUACACCAAAGUGGAGGAGAGUUUCAACCUGCAGGCCACACAUGACCUGCUCUACCACUGGCAAGACCUGGAGCAGUACGACCACCUCGAGUUCCCCGGAGUCGUCCCCAGGACGUUCCUCGGGCCAGUGGUGAUCGCGGUGUUCUCCAGCCCCGCGGUUUACGUGCUUUCGCUGUUAGAAAUGUCCAAGUUUUAUUCUCAGCUAAUAGUUAGAGGAGUGCUUGGACUCGGCGUGAUUUUUGGACUCUGGACAUUACAAAAGGAAGUGAGACGGCAGUUUGGGGCCAUGGUGGCCACCAUGUUCUGCUGGGUGACGGCCGUGCAGUUCCAUCUGAUGUUCUACUGCACGCGGACACUGCCCAAUGUGCUGGCCCUGCCCGUAGUCCUGCUGGCCCUCGCGGCCUGGCUGCGGCACGAGUGGGCCCGCUUCAUCUGGCUGUCAGCCUUCGCCAUCAUCGUGUUCAGGGCGGAGCUGUGCCUGUUCCUGGGCCUCCUGCUGCUGCUGGCCUUGGGCAACCGAAAGGUUUCUGUGGUCAGAGCCCUUCGCCACGCCAUCCCAGCAGGGAUCCUUUGUUUAGGACUGACGGUUGCUGUGGACUCUUAUUUUUGGCAGCAGCUCACGUGGCCGGAAGGAAAGGUGCUUUGGUACAAUACUGUCCUGAACAAAAGCUCCAACUGGGGGACCUCCCCGCUGCUGUGGUACUUUUACUCAGCCCUGCCCCGCGGCCUGGGCUGCAGCCUGCUCUUCGUCCCCCUGGGCUUGGUAGACAGAAGGAUGCACGCGCUGACGGUGCUGGCGCUGGGCUUCGUGGCACUCUACUCCCUCCUGCCACACAAGGAGCUACGCUUCAUCAUCUAUGCCUUCCCCAUGCUCAACAUCACGGCUGCCAGAGGCUGCUCCUACCUGCUGAAUAACUAUAAAAAGUCUUGGCUGUACAAAGCGGGGUCUCUGCUUGUGAUCGGACACCUCGUGGUGAAUGCCGCCUACUCGGCCACGGCCCUGUAUGUGUCCCAUUUCAACUACCCAGGUGGUGUCGCGAUGCAGAGGCUGCACCAGCUGGUGCCCCCCCAGACAGAUGUCCUUCUGCACAUUGACGUGGCAGCCGCCCAGACAGGUGUGUCUCGGUUUCUCCAAGUCAACAGCGCCUGGAGGUACGACAAGAGGGAGGAUGUGCAGCCGGGGACAGGCAUGCUGGCGUACACACACAUCCUCAUGGAGGCGGCCCCUGGGCUCUUGGCCCUCUACAGGGACACACACCGGGUCCUGGCCAGCGUCGUGGGGACCACAGGAGUGGUCUUCAAAAAGUUCAUGGAAAAUGCAUAUUAUGACAAAACUAAGCAUGCAUUUCAAAAUUCUUUUGCUCCAAAAUAAACUCAUACUAACUUGUUAUAACAUGCCUGAAUAGAUCUACUUUGAGACAGUAAGAAUCAGUGUGAAAAGGGCUCCUAGCAGAACAUGAAUUCUGCAAAAACUGAAGCAUCAAAUCUAUAGUGAACCUCGGGUGGAAGAAUGGUGAAAAUCACUGAUGCUUUACAAAAAGUGUAUGAGGACAGUGCCCUAAAAAAAUCAGCAGUAUACACAUAGAUACCUCGUUUUAAGAAGGGUCAAGACAACGAUGGAGAUGAAGACCACAGUGGCAGACCAUCCACAUCAAUUUGCAAGGAAAAAAUUCAUCUUGUUCAUGCUCUGAUUAAAGAGGACUGACGAUUAACAGAACAAAUAGCCAAGACCACAGACAUCUCAACUGGUUCAAAAUUGAAGUUGAGCAAGCUUUCCACUCGAUGGGUGCCAAAACCGUUGUGCCCAGAUCAGCUGCAGACAAGAGCAGAGCUUUCAAUGGGAAUUUUAAACAAGUGGCAUCAAGACCCUGAAACAUUUCCUUGAAUUAUAACAGGAGAUGGAACAGGGCUUUACCAGUACCAUCCUGAAGACAAACCACAAUCAAAGCAAUGGCUACCAAGAGGUAGAAGUGACCUAGUCAAGGCAAAUGUGGACAAGUCAAAGUAAGGUCAUGGCAACAGUUUCUUGGGAUGCUCAAUGCAUUUUGCUUGUUGACUUUCUGGAGGGCCAAAGAACAGUAACAUCUUUUUCUUUUUUUUUUGGCGAUGGAGUCUCGCUGUUGCCCAGGCUGGAGUGCAGUGGCACAAUCUCAGCUCGCUGCAAGCUCUGCCUCCCAGGUUCACGCCAUUCUCCUACCUCAGCCUUCUGAGUAGCUGGGACUACAGGCACCCGCCACCACGCCUGGCUAAUUUUUUGUAUUUUUAGUGGAGACGGGAUGGGGUUUCACCAUGUUAGCCAGGAUGGUCUUGAUCUCCUGACCUUGUGAUCCGCUCACCUCGGCCUCCCUAAGUGCUGGGAUUACAGGCAUGAGCCACCGUGUCUGGCCACAAUAACAUCUUAUUAUGAGAGUGUUUUGAGAAAGUUAGCCAAAGCUUUAGGAAAAAAACACCCAGGAAAGCCUCACCAGUGUCUUUCUCCACAAUGACAAUGCUCCUGGCUCAUUCUUCUCAUCAAAUAAGGGCAAUUCUUCAAGAGUUUUGUUGGGAAAUCAUUAGGCAUCCACCUUACAGUCCCAAUUUCGCUCCUUCUUUGUUUCCUCAUUUUAAAAAAUCUUUAAAAGCACUCAUUUUUUCUUCCAUUAAUAAUGUUAAAAAGGCUGCACUGACAUGGUUAAAUUCCCAGUGCUCGCAGUUCUUUAGGGGUGGACUAAAUGGCUGGUGUCACAGCUUACAAAAGUAUCUUGACCUUGAUGGAGCUUACAUGGAGAAAUAAAAAUGUUGUUUUGUUGUUGUUGUCGUUGUUGCUGGUUUUAAGAGAGAGGAUCUUGCUCUGUUGUCCAGGCUGGAGUGCAGUGGUGUGAUCACAGCGCACUACAACCUCAAACUCCUGGGCUCAAGUGAUCCUCCUGCCUCUGCCUCCCAAGUAGCUGGGACUACAGGUAUGCACUACUACACCUGGCUAAUUUCUUGAACUCCUGGCCUCAAGCAGUCCUCCCACCUCAGCCUCCCAAAGUACUGGGAUUACAAACAUAAGCCACUGUGCCCAGCCAAAAAAUAAAGUUUUUAUUUUUUAUCUUUUACUUCAAUAUUUCCACAAAUUUUUUAAAGUCCCUUCGUAUAAUGACUGGUAAUUUCAUUCAUUGAAGAGACAGUUCUGAGGCUCAUACAAAGAGCUUUUUAUUAUCUGAGACAGACCUGAGAAAUUAAGGAACCUGCCUAAAACAUCAUUUCCAGGCAGGGAAACAAACAGCUUGCAGCUGGGGUUUUGAACAGGAAAGCAAGGUGGGAAUGGCUAAGAAUCAACAUAUUUUCUAGUUGCACCCACAGUCCCCUCAUUCAAGUACAGUCAGAGUCAUGUGACUGUCAGCACUGGGCCUCUUGUCCAUCUUCCUGCAGGACUGUCAGCAACUGGAGGGCACAGACGGUUUGACCAUUGAGUGCCUGGUUUCAACAAACGUCCACCAACCAAAUGAAGAGAAUGUACGAGAUAAAACGACUCUCCUAGUGUCAUUCAAGAAGGGCCAUAUUUUCUGUUGAGUAAAGCAAGCCCUCAUUUUUUUCUGCAACCCCCUUUUAUACACUGUUACUCAGAACACUUCAACUAAAAAUACAGCAGCAUGAAGCUGAAACCUUAAAAAAAAAAAAAAAAAAACAUAAA